GGCGGUUUUCCGUACAAUGCAAGGAGGAGAGAUAUGACGACGGCCUCCCUGAGAUACUCAUGUCGUGUUCUCACUAAGCUUCUAGUAAGUGGUGAUUUUAUGCAAUGGCAUCAAGCCACAGUUCUUCACCAGUGCCUCAGUCAAACAGCAGUGAUGCUUUCUUUAAAAAGGAAAUGGAUGCCACGAAACGCUUUCGACCUGUGCAGUCACUGCCUGAUGUGUGUCCCAAGGAACCUACAGGCGAUCCUAAUAAUUUAUGUGACAGCCCGUCUCUAGUUGUGGAUCAGCACAGAUGGACUAUCUAUCAUUCCAAAGUCAAUCUCCCAGCAGCACUAAAUGAUCCUAGGUUAGCAAAAAGGGAAUCUGAUUUCUUUACAAAAACAUGGGGAGUGGACUUUGUGGACACUGAAGUCACGCCUUCAUUCUACCUCCCACAGAUCACCAAGGAACAUUUUGCAUUAUACCAACAGGAAAUCACUCCGAGAGAGAGGGUUCAUGAAAGAAGCAAGAAUGUUUGUACUUCUAAAGAUUCCUUCGACAGGACUCUAUUGCACACCCACGAUAAAUCCAGGACGGAUCUAGAACAAGUACCUAAGAUUUUUAUGAAACCAGAUUUUGCCUUGGAAGAUUCCUUAACAUUUAAUGCCGUUUUACCAUGGUCUCAUUUUAGUACUGCUGGUGGAAAAGGAAAUCGUGAUGCAGCUUCCUCCAAGUUACUUCAAGAAAAGCUGAGCCAUUAUCUGGACAUUGUGGAAGUCAAUAUUGCUCAUCAGAUUUCUCUGCGCUCAGAAGCAUUUUUUCAUGCAAUGACCUCUCAGCAUGAGUUGCAGGACUACCUCAGGAAAACUUCCCAGGCUGUAAAAUUACUUAGAGAGAAGAUCUCCAAAAUUGAUAAAGUAAUGUGUGAAGGAUUGCUUCGAGUUUUAAGACUGUCACUCACCAGAAAUAACUGUAUGAAAGCUUACAAUAAACUGAAGUUAAUGGCUACUGUACACCAAACACAGCCCACAGUACAGUUGCUGCUAUCCACUUCUGAGUUUGUCGGAGCUUUGGACUUAAUAGCAACAACACAGGAGGUGUUACAGCAAGAGCUUCAAGGCAUUCACAGUUUCCG